AUGAGUCCCGAUGCCAAAGAGCCACGGACACUGCUAUGCCAGAUCACUGGGAAAACACAAGACAGGACUCAGGAAGAGAACAAAGAUUAUUCAAUCUACACAGUUCAGAAAGACACGAUGUUCAAAACACUGAACAUCGUCCGUUCCUCUCUCAUCGCCAUACUGCUAUACCGCAAUCUACCCGAGACCGUGUACCCCUUUAUCCAAGUACCGCGCAACGAAUCGGCCGAUCGAGUGCGAUAG